AUGAAAUCUACGGGUUUUGAUGGUUCUUUUGUGGUGGAAGCUGUCGGCUUUUAUGGUGGGAUUUGGUUACUUUGGAAUAAACAGUGGGGGUCUAUUGAUAUUAUUUCUUCUCACCGUCAGCUUGUCCAUACUCGUAUCACUCCGAGAGGUGCUGGUUCUAGUAUGCUAGCUACUUUCGUUUAUGGGAGCCCUAACGUGUCAGCUAGGUACCUUCUUUGGCGAGAGCUCAGACACAUUGCUGCUUCUAUCUUUGAGCCCUGGGCGGUAGUUGGUGACUUUAACUCUUACCUUCAUGCCUCAGAUAAAGUGGGUGGCGGACCACCUAACCUCCUCUCCAUGAAUAAAUUUCGUGACUGUAUUGUUGAUUGUUCCCUUUCUGACAUUGGCUUCAAAGGUCCCCCUUUUACCUGGGAGGGCAGAGGGGUGAAGGAACGAAUCGACUGGGCUUUGGGUAAUGAUCGUUGGGUCACCUCCUUUCCUACCUCCUCUGUGUUGCACCUCCCCAAUUUAAAAUCAGAUCACAAGCCUCUCUUAAUUAGAUUUCGUGAAGACCCAAGUGAUGUCUCUCAACGUCCGUUUCGUUUCUUAGCUUCGUGGCUUACUCAUGCAGGCUUUCCUAAAUUGGUUGAGGAUGCUUCGAGUGAUCACGGUAAAUGGCCCCCCUCUUCUGCGGCUUUUCGUGAAGCGGCAACAUCUUGGAAUAGUGAGGUUUUUGGCGAAAUUGGCCGGCGCAAAAGGAAGCUUAUGCGGAGGUUGGAAGGUAUAAACAACAAGCUUCAUAUGCUGAGUAUCCCUUACCUGGAAAAACUGCAAAAAAGACUUUGGGAGGAGUACUACAAAGUGCUGAUGCAGGAAGAGUUACUUUGGAAGCAAAAUCUCGGGUAG